GGUAAAAUAAAACCACCGUCUCAAAUAAGUGACAGGUUAUGUUUUGGCAGUCACUAUCUUGAACGGGACAAGACCGAAAUGGGGGACAGCAACUGCAGAAACACUGUCCAGUUGUCGGACCCUCAGCUCUUUGAGAGACAGUUUGAGAAGAUCAUGUCUGAAUUAACAGAGCAGGACAUGACAGACCCAGUCCUUGCUGAUGCACUCAGCAGACUUCGUGAGAUUCUAUUGUACAAUACUACUGGAGGCAAGAGGAACCGUGGCUUGUCUGUGAUUGGUUCACUGCGGGAACUUGUUCAGCCUGCUACUCUAUCAUGUGAAGAGGUCGAGCGUGCCCUACUGGUCGGAUGGUGCAUCGAACUGCUUCAGUCUUUCUUCCUGGUGGCUGACGACAUUAUGGACGCCUCUUUAACACGGAGGGGUCAGCCUUGCUGGUAUAAGAAGGAAGGAAUCGGGCUAGAUGCCAUUAAUGAUGCUUUUCUCCUGGAGGGGUCCAUCUACCGUCUUCUACGCAGGCACUGCAGAGGGCAGCCGUACUAUGUCCAUCUUUUGGAGCUGUUUACUGAGACCUCCUUCCAGACAGAGCUGGGUCAGGCCCUUGACCUUAUGACAGCACCCCCAAACAAGAUUGACCUGGACCGCUUCACUGUAGAGAGGUAUAAAGCCAUAGUGAAAUACAAGACCGCUUUCUACUCCUUUUAUCUCCCUGUGGCUGCAGCAAUGUACAUGGCAGGGAUCAACAGCGAGCUCGAGCACAACAAUGCCAAACACAUCUUGCUUGAAAUGGGAGAGUUCUUUCAGAUACAGGACGAUUACUUGGAUUGUUAUGGUGACCCUGCGGUGACGGGAAAGAUCGGGACUGAUAUCCAAGACAACAAGUGCAGCUGGCUGGUGGUCACAGCACUGAGGAUUUUGACCCCUGAGCAAAGAUCAGAGCUACAGGCGUGUUAUGGCCGCAGUGAUGCUGAGAGUGUGGAGCGAGUGAAGGCACUCUAUGACACUCUGGAAUUGCCCAUCCGAUACCACCGAUAUGAGGAGGAGAGCUACCGGCGUCUCCAGGGCCUCAUCCAGCGUCACGCUCAAAACCUUCCCCGUGCUGUUUUCCUUAACUUUGCCAAGAAGAUCUACAAGAGGAACAAAUGAGGCAGGACUGUGUGGACAGGACAUGACUAAAGACUUGGACUUUUGUAGUGAUUCAGCUCAAGCAGACCAGCUAUGUGAAGUGUUUCAGUACAGCAUGGCACAGGGUUGUACAGAGGAGGUAGUACAUCUUGUCAGUAGUGUAAAUACAUUCUCAAAAUUGUAGAUAUGUUUAUCUUAAAGACUUUUAUGUCAUAGUCAUUUUCACAUCUGUUGGAAUUUGAGAUUUUGCAUAUUAUCCCAGCUAUUAUCCUGGAGGAUAAUGUUUGACACUGUUUGAGCGAAGGAAAAAAAAAAACGCUGGACAUUUUAGUUAGAUUGUAAAAUAAAUAUCUAUGAUUGUUCUUACUUUUUAAUGCUUAUGUGGGCUAAACAUCUAAUUACAUGAUUCCUAUCCAGUACCAUGAAAAAGGCUUUAGUAUAAGACUUGUACACUUCCUGAAUCUAUUUAUGAAUGAUUUAUUGCAUUUUCACAUAUUACUAUUGAUCUAUCUGAAAAUCUAGCAGUGGUCUUUAGCUUGUACAAAAGGCUAAAGAUAAGCCUUAUUUGUGCUACUUUAACAGGGCUUUCUGUAAGAAAGAAGCUGUGUUCAGGCUGUUUGUAAGGGCAUGGUGCCAAUCUCAUUUCUUACUGUGUCUUAACUCAGUGAGUGGGUUCUUUAUUGGGUUUUGUCCAUUGCUAGGCAUUAAUUCAACUAUUCAAUUUUGUAAAGCUCUCAAGACAAACCAUAAAGCAUUUCCCUGCACUGCACAAAUCUGGAAGAAAAGUAAAAUCUUGUGCAAACCUGACCACCUUUUUGCAAAAUUAUGAGUUUAGAUACAAAACUUGCCAUCCGGUCUUUACAUUAAUGGUGCUGUAUUUAAUCCCUGUCCAUGUGUACGCUCUCACUGAAUCAUUACUCUAAACCUGAAUAGCAUAAGUAGCGAUUUCAAUAAAAAGAUGAAAUGCCUUCAGAGUUUA